CUCAUCAGUGGGGGUCGAUAACGCACCAUAAGACAGUUUGCGGCCGCCAAACAAACAAACAGAAGAAGCAGCCAUUCAUAACAUAAAUUGACUAGUCUUUACAUCUCCGUACUCACUCUUCUUACUAAAUACACACAGAAGGGUAAAAUGCCUGCGACAAAGAAUAUCCGUGUUACUGACUUGACAGCUUGUCUUUUCUUCGUUGUGCUUCUGUCACAUUACCCGGCCCAUGCCUCGAGUGAACAAACGAAAACGGUGGAGUUUGACGUGAAACCGGGAGGAACGUUGUACGAGUUCACCGAAUCUAUUGGGGGUUACGAAUGCUCGUUCUCAUUUGUCGCACAAGGAGGAACCAACGAGAAUUGGUUAAUGAGUGUGGGCCUCAGUGAUGACAAAACCCAUUUUUCCUGCUCCGUGUGGAGGCCUACAGGGAAAUCAUACUUGUUUUUCACUGCUUUCAAAAUGGAGUUGAAGGGAACCAAAGUUGAAUAUGCAAAUGCUUUCUCACAGUUGGCAGGGGCAGGACAGACUGAUAAGGAUCUUAAGUCAGACGAAUACACUAUUCAAGAGUCCACAGUGACCCAUACAGAAGGCAAGUUCAACGCUCAACUGUGCAAACUGAUGGUAGUUGGACGCACGAGACACCAAGAGCUGUGAGCGCUCAAGACGCCAGGUCAGGCGUGUUCUCCGGGUGAGCUUCUACGCAUUAGCUCAUGUUUCAAUGAAGGAUCCGUUUUGUAUAAAUGUGGGACUGACGACGAUAAUGAUGAUUAGAUAAGUGGAUGAGAAUUUGCUCCUCCAUGAAACAAAUACAAUAAUCAUUUUUUUUAUUCCCACCAUAAUUUUUUACAUUACGAACCAUUUCUCUUCAUUCUCAACAUUUUGAUGCAUAGUGUGCGCCGAUCAAUGUGGAUUCAUAAAUGUGCAUUUGUAAUCAGAAUUUUAGAAAUAUAAUAAUAAUUUUAGUAUGGGCGAGCCCCCUACAGCAAUGUAAUCCUCAGUAUCAUCGCAUGCAAUAUCUCCAUUUAUUCACUCUUAUUUGCAGCAUAUUUCACAAAUCACCACCACUUGUGAUGGUUGACUUUUCCUAUUUUGUGGAAUGUUUUGGCUGGAGGGUAUUUUUAGAAUGGGAGUCACUUCAUCUGAAGAGUGACAGGGUGCCUUUUUUGAUACAUCUUUAAUGUGAAAUGAAUUUUAAAGCUUUGGAGAACUGAUUUUCGUGCUGUACAUCCUUAAAGCAAGAUGCCAUCCUGUUCCCAAGAGGAAACAUUUCCACAAUUCCCAGUCCACAUAAAUCCACAGAUGUGAUGUUUGCACAGCACCUCGUUUGUUUUGAUUUCGAAAGCUUUAGAAAAUAUUUUUUUAACCCGAUAAUUUCUGGGGGUGCUGUUGUCCUGGAGCAAAAUGCCCUCUUGUUCCCAAAUCUGUUGCUUCUAUCCCUCAGUGAAAAAAAAAUCCCAGUCCCACUUCACUCUGGAGAAUAAAAGUAGGGUAAAAAAGCACAGAUGUGAUGUUUAUACCUUGUUUGAUUUGCUGCGUCAUCUCUCGUUCUGGCGGAGGCCCAUGUAGGUUGAGGAAACUGUUUUUAGUAUGUUUUUUUUUUUUGUUUUUUUGCCACCAGCCAGGUGUCCAUCGGUGGUCCCAACAGGAAGUAAAGCACAUCUAGGUGAUAGCUGGGGAAAAACACAAUUCAAUGAAAUGUUACUUAUGUACAAAAUGGCUUUUUUUCAUCUUGUGAUUCUUGAUUCAAUAAAUUGGAGCGGUGACUUAAAA